CAUAUUACCAAAAACUUUUAGGCAGUAAAAUCAUCACAGCCGCCAGCUCCUUUGUUCGUCCGUCCCAGACGCGGUGAAAGAUUUCCGAUUUGGUGUUGCAGAGAAUGCAACAAGCGGGCAUGCAGCGGGCUUUUCCCGGUUCUGGAUACCCUCACCCCGGCAUGCAGCAGAUGCCCCAGCGGAUGCACCCGUACGGCGGCCAGAUGCGUCCCGUGGCGGGCGGGGAGUCAUCGCGCUCUAAGAGGCAGGCCGAUUCUCGCUCUAAGCAGCAGCAAGCGCAGCAGCAGUCUCAGCGAGGGAAGAAGAAGAAGGUUGCAGACCGGAUCCUUCCCCAGAGGGUGCGUGACCUUGUGCCGGAGUCGCAGGCGUACAUGGACCUGCUGGCGUUCGAGCGUAAGCUGGACUCCACCAUCAUGAGGAAGAGACUGGACAUACAGGAGGCGCUCAAGAGACCCAUGAAGCAAAAGCGGAAGCUGCGCGUUUUCCUGUCCAACACCUUCUACCCUGCCAAGCCCGAUGCAGAGGGGGAGGACGAUGGGAAUGUUGCAUCCUGGGAGCUGAGGGUAGAGGGCAGACUCCUGGACGACCAGGGCGUACCCAGCACCAAGCACGACUCUCACAAGACCAAGCGAAAAUUCUCGUCUUUCUUCAAGAGCCUUGUGAUCGAGCUUGACCGCGAGCUCUACGGGCCCGACAACCAUCUGGUCGAGUGGCACCGAACAUCGACCACGCAGGAGACAGACGGGUUCCAGGUGAAGCGUCCCGGCGACCGCGACGUCCGCUGUACCGUUCUCCUCAUGCUCGACUACCAGCCGCCCCAGUACAAGCUGGACCCUCGCCUGGCCAGACUGCUCGGGAUACACACACAGACUCGGCCUGUCGUCAUCAACGCACUCUGGCAGUACAUCAAGACUCACAAGCUGCAGGACGCACACGAGAGGGAGUACAUCAACUGUGACAGGUACCUGCAACAGAUAUUCGAGUGUCAGCGGAUGAAGUUUUCGGAAAUCCCCCAGCGUCUGCACCCACUACUGCUGCCUCCUGAUCCUAUCGUUAUUAACCACAUCAUCAGCUGUUCAGGUCCUGAACACAAGAAGACAGCCUGUUAUGACAUUGAUGUGGAAGUAGACGACACUCUGAAGACCCAGAUGAACUCCUUCCUGCUGUCCACUGCCAGUCAACAGGAAAUAGCAACUCUGGAUAAUAAGAUCCACGAGACGGUGGAGACCAUUAACCAGCUGAAGGUUCAGCGGGAUUUCAUGCUGGGAUUCGCCAAGGAGCCGCAGAGCUUCAUCAACCAGUGGCUGGAGUCACAGUGCAGGGACCUUAAGACGAUGACAGAUGUGGUCGGCAGCCCAGAAGAGGAGCGCCAUGCGGAGUUCUACCACCUUCCGUGGGCUGGGGAGGCCGUCUGUCGCUACUUCUACGGGAAGGUACAACAAAAGCGAGCUGAGUUAGAGCAGGCGCUGAGCGUCAGGAACACAUAGAAUAGAUCUGCAACGUAACUUAGUAUAUGGUAGCCAUCAUACCUGUAUUAUAUCAAACCCUGAAACAUGCCACCACUGUUUAAGGAAGAAGUCUGCAACAUGCUGUAACCUAGCAUAGAGUAGCCAUCGUGUCUGUAUCAUAUUAAACCUGGAAAAAGGCAGAAUUCUGAUGGAGAAACAAAACAUUGUAACAGCUUUUUUUUUUAAUUAGCAACUUGGAUUAGGAAGAAUCUUCUUGCUAAUGAUAUUUGGCAUUUCAUUGGCAGAAUUAACGUUUCUGAUCUGAACAAGAUUAAGAUUAAGUUGAAUCACUCCAGUAUGAGUCUGCUAGAUGACAGGAUUGAAGCUGGCGCAGACCCUGAUGCCUUGU